CGCGGAGCAAGUGCAAGGUUGUGGGAGCCGCAUUCCUAAUAAUUAAUAAGCGCAACAAUGCGGCCUUACAUGAUGACUUUCUGAAGGAUCGCAAUUCUAGACUUGCCUUUUUGGUAAGCUGUGUGUAACAUCAAUUAUGAGAAUACUGUGUCUUCAUUGUACCAGAAUGAUUUGGAUAUAUUACUAGUAGUCAAUCAUCGUUGGUCAUGGAGUCAUUGCAUCAAGACAGCGCAAUUCCUCACAACCAUGGCACCAGAUCUGAAGUUCUACUACGCACCCGGUGCCUGCUCUCUAGCACCACACAUCCUCCUCCACGAAGUAGGAGCAAAAUAUGAACCAGUCAUUCUCCGAAUUGGCGCAACACGCACCGAAUUUCCUGCAUCUUUCAAAGACGUCAAUCCCAAAAUGAGGGUGCCGACUAUAGUUAUUGAUCAAGAAAUAAUCACCGAGAUUCCGUCCGUCUGUACAGCCAUCUCGCAACUUACGCCUUCCAAGAACCUCAUGGGUAAACCUGGGCUUGAGAAUAUCCGAGUAUUGGAAUGGAUGAACUACCUUUCUGGCACCCUUCACGGAGGUGGCUUCGGACAUUUAUUUCGACCUGGAAGAUUCACGGCAGAUGAGAGCAGCGAAGCGAAAAUGGGUGUAGAGAAGAAGGCAAGAGAGGCGAUUGGAGAGUCUCUGGUGUUUGUGGAAGGCAGAUUAAGGGACGGGAAGUGGGCGGUUGGGGAGCAGAUGACGACUGUGGAUGUAUUUUUGCUUGUGUUUUGGAGGUGGGGUGUUGCGUAUCGGUUUGGGAUGGAGAAGUAUCCGAGGUAUAGGGCGUUGAUGGAACGGUUGAAUGAAGUGGAGAGUGUGAAGGAGACGUUGGAGUUCGAGAAGAUUAAAGCUAUGUUGUGAAGAGGCGGGGGUAUAUUAAAGGCGACGCACUGAACAAGGAGGCAUUGCUGAAGCUUGACUAUCCUGAUUUAUUUUUUGGCUUAUUGUAUUCGCGAGCUAUGAUUAAUCAUUGUAUUCUUCAUCACCGAAGUGUGUGAGCUUUCUAGAGGCCAGUGCUCGACAUCGACACUGCAUUUAAUCUGAUUAAAUCACAAUGAAGUGUUUGAAGAUCAUACAUAGAUUGGGCAUGGAUUAGAGCUUCUCGCUUGGUAUGCUGUUGUUGGUGCGAGAAGUC